ACCACCACAAACAAAAGUUUGCAUGAGUGAAGUAGUUUCUUCUAAGAAAUUUUUGGUGGUAAGAGGCAUACAUUUCAAAUAGGACGGCUCGGUUAUAGCAUAGAAGUGAAGAAAGUGGAUGCAGAAAUUGUUUCUCGGCUUUUGCAUUCGCGUGUGAGAAAACUCAGAAUCGCGAUCGAUUGUGUCGCUAGCGUUUGUGGUAUCCACGGGCGGAUGGAUUGUACCGAAUUUGGAAAGCGAAACCAUCGAAAGAGGAGUGUUUGAAUUUUGCGAAAAUUAUCCUGCCAAUUGUGAGAGAGUUUGCGUUUUCGAGCCGCAGACGAAGGAGCGAAAAGAAAACGGCUUCGAAGAAGAUGAGAUUUCCUUUCUGGCGCGAGCAGUUUUUCACCUUGGUCUUGUGAUUUCGUUUUUUUUAUGAACCAACAUUCAGUUUAUUUGAGCCGUAAAUUUCCGGCUGUAAACGGAGACAACCGCAAGGAAACAAACGUUGGAUAAAUUCAACAGCAUCAUAUCCCCGUGGCCUCACGCUCAUCUGCUUGGAUUGAAGGAUCGCUCUUCUCUUGCGGGUAGCUCCAGCGAGAAGCCGAUACCCCUGGAGAAAACCGUGGAUAAAUCCGGGCGCUGGGCUGGUGGACGAUGCCAAUGUUGUCUCAAUUUCAUAUGAACUUUCGUGCGUUUCUAGUACUAGCAUCGAAGAUAUGGACCUGUCUCUGUUAUAUGUUCAACCGGCAGGUUAGAGCGUUUGUACAGCAUCAACCGGUGAAAUAUGAACUGUUCCCGAUGUCACCGGUGUCCCGGCACCGGCUCAGCAUGGUUCAGCGGAAGACGCUGGUGCUGGAUCUGGACGAGACGCUGAUACACUCGCACCACGACGCGAUGCCCCGGAACACCGUCAAGCCAGGCACUCCGCAUGACUUCACGGUCAAGGUCACGAUCGACCGGCAUCCGGUGCGAUUCUUCGUGCACAAGCGGCCCCACGUGGACUACUUUUUGGACAUUGUAUCACAGUGGUACGAUCUAGUCGUGUUCACGGCCAGCAUGGAGAUUUACGGCGCUGCGGUGGCCGACAAGCUGGACAAUGGCCGCAACAUACUGAAACGACGCUACUACCGGCAGCAUUGUACGCCCGACUUUGGUUCGUACACCAAAGAUCUGUCCGCGAUAUGUAGCGAUCUCAAUAGAAUAUUCAUCAUAGACAAUUCACCUGGUGCGUAUCGAUGUUUCCCGAACAAUGCAAUACCGAUCAAAUCCUGGUUUUCGGACCCAAUGGACAUUUGUUUACUGUCACUGUUACCCAUGUUGGAUGCGCUGAGGUUCACCAACGACGUACGAUCUGUGCUUUCGCGAAAUCUUCACCUACACCGUUUGUGGUAGCAGAAUUUAAGUAACAUUUUAUGGUGCGCUGUGAGACUUCUGAAAUCUUACAAAUAUUCGUUUAUUUUAUUCUAAAUUACGAAAUCAUUUUUGUACGGUGAAAGACAGAAAACGUCAAAGAUAAACCUGAAUUACACUAAAGAAAGGACAAAAAAGUAAAUGCAAACGAGAACACACUAAUAACUAAUUUAAAAAAAGACGAAUAGUGUAUUUCGUACAGUAAGAGUAAGUUAUUUAAAGCACUGUCCAAAUAGCCAU